ACUAGUUAACCGGAUUUUACAAGUUUAUGAGUGACCGCUUUGAAUUGGUUGCUUUUGUUCCCAAAGAAACGUCCCUCCAAAUGGACGAUACUCCUCUGCCUUUACCUCUUGAAUCGUGUAAACACUAUUGCCCCCCCCCCCCCCCCCGGCGGUCGGCUCCUCGCGGCGGGCAGCUACUCCUGGCUUUUCCCUCCCUGCAGUGAGGAGAGAGGUCGCCGCAGGCAAUCUGCUGUCGGCCUGUGGCGAGAUCCUCCGACCACGAAAAUGACGCGUUCCAGGCAUUCUGGGAAUUGUUUAGUCUUCUGUGGGUCUGACCCUUCUAAUGCAGCUCUCUUCUCAAAGAAAACAAUGCCGUUGCGUGGGCUGCAUCUGAACACCGAGCCGAGCGGGCGGCUGAGAAAACAUCAACAGGAGCCUAUGCGGGAGGGUGGAGAUGAUCAGCAGACGGGAAUCUAACGUGUAAUUAGACGGGUCACGGUAGAAGCAGAGGUGAGGGCCGCGCUUGCAGGGAGGAGUGUGUCAGACGGCGACCCAGCGGCAGAACAGCCUGAUUGCACAACGCCGUGUAUAUUUUCAACAUCUCCGGAGGAGCCGAGCCACAGAGCAAACGGGGGAGGGGGAGGGCCUGAAUUAGAUGCACUACAUCUGGAAAUGAUAUGACAAUGGAGUGAAUUGAGCGUGGUUGUCAUGGUUGCCGUUUCCCUUUUGAGGUCCUGGAGUUUUCACUCUGGGCUUUUCACUCUCGCUGUUGUGUUGCCUCGAGCGAACGAGGCUCAGCCAAUCAGCGCAGCGACGGCGCGUGGCUCAUUUUCGCCGAAGAGCGGGAAGCGCGCGACGCGACGGGGUGGUGUUUUUCUAAGAUGUGAUGCGGGUGAAAGAUCGUGGCACGAUUUAGGCUGUAAGUGCACUGGUCAAGUCUCGCCAGUAAGAAAGUGAUCAACCUCAGAGCUCCAAUAGUGUUUAACUGUCUAAUCGUUGCAGAUUGUAACCAUGUGCCAUCCGACCAGUGAAGAUUCUGCGGGGGGCAGAGGGGCUCCGCUGGAGCUGACCUGGCGACGUUCUGGUCAGAGCGUUGAGCUGCUGCUUUCUUCCAUUGGUGAAGACUGGGUUCUUUGGUUGGGUCAUUUGGUUUUUGUAACAAAGACGUUCUCGUUCAAUCGGAUGCGCGCGGUGUCGCUCAUCUCAUCUAAUGAAAGGUGAACGGCAUAUUUCCACGAUCUACAUUUUACUUCUGAACUCUUGAUGCACACGAGGAUAUCUGGUCUGAAUCAGUGCGCGGUCAAGAUGAAGCUUUGACGCUUUGGCGCGGUGUUCCUCAGGUUGCAUUAUGAAAAGCUUUUCACAAUAAAAGCAUCUGGGACCUGAAAAACGUGUUUUUUUUAAAUGUGCUAUACAUUUAGCUUGCGUGUUGUUUUCUUACGUUAGAGGUUCUUCAGGCUGACAUAACAUCGGACCACCUAAGGAGCCAGAACAUUCGGCUUGUAGGUUCAAGUGUUUUAUCUGGCUGCUAACCAGUUUUCACACACGCACCCUCAGACCACCAUUGUUUUUACUCACGUGGGUCAAAUUGGGCUGCAGAAUGUAGCGGCGAGACAGUUCGCAAUUUCUUUAGAAAUAUACCACACAGUGUGAUGCACGAUGUCGGAAAGGAGGAAGCUGUGAAACUGAGAGGUGUCAGACCUCUAGGAAGUGAAUUACCCAUCUAGCAACACGGAUAAGAGAAAGAGGAAGUAGAAAAGGUUGCACAUUCUGAGCACUAAAUUAUGUCCCCGUACAAUUGCGAUGCACAAUUUUCUGCUAGAUUACGUCCGAUUAUGGAAACAAGUGGAAGGAUUGCAAACAAGUUAGUAAAUACUACACAACUAGCUCGUUGUCUAGAAGAAAAAAAAGAACAAAGAGACCUGUCCUGCAUCUAAAACAUACUGCCGAGCUCGGUGAAGUGAAUCACACCGCCGCAGGUCUCGUCUCCGACGGCGUCCUCGCUGCAGAGCAGAGCGGGGCCUCCAGCUUUGACCCACCACGCCACUUCAGCUCUGGGAGACAAGUGGAGCAGAGCAGAUGCUUUAAAAACAACCCGCCCUUCCUCCCCUGCCAGUCCUCCUCUUCAGAAAAACAAAAAACACACACUGACAAUACAAUUCCAGCAUCAGCUAAAUAUCAAACAUGGCCCUUGAAGCGGUGCGGAGGAGCUGGACUGUGCAGGAUGUUCCACGGAGAGGUUGUGGUUGUGGGAGACGUUGGAUGGAGCCAGAAGCCCUUCAUACUGGUAAGUGAAGGCAGAUGAGGGUGUCGCGCCCUCCUCCUCCAGACCUCCCACUUUCACUCCCCCGACCACAAGCAGUUAAACCCCACCAGUUCCCAUUAACGGCGCUGCUAAUGUGGUCCUGCUGAUUAGAUGUCACUCGGUGGGAAGUCUUCAUUCUUUUUCCUUUGUGCAAGAAAACAGAAGUUGUUAUGAUAAUAUGGUGCAGCCGUCGUGAUUGAAAACCGAGACCAAAGCAAACGUUGAAUCCUCCUUCCAAUUUACCGUGUAAUCCAAUUGUUGAGCACUCAGCCUCUUCGAAGGUCCCUCAACUCCCAAUUCUCACCAGUGUGCUCACCGCCUUGCCAAACGUCUUCCACUGCUUGUACCAGCGGGCCACCCAGUGGACGUAAACAGCACCGCUCCCACCCUCUUCCUAUGACUGCCUUUGGAAAUGUCUUAUAGGGACAGUCGUUGACGCCCAACGGGAGCCAUUCAACAGUCAUCAAGACUGCUGCUGGCUUCAAAGAUUGUACACUUUCUUUGACUUGUUAGACAGUAGCAUGUAUGUUUCCACCAGAGUCUCAAAUCAGUGAAUGACAGUGUAACGCCAUCGCCUUCUUCUCCUCUCGGCUCCUCUUUUUUUGGCAGUCUGUGGCACCUUUCCACCGGCUGACCUCCACAUAGAACACUUAUCUGUGCAGGCUGAAUAACUGAGAUUUCAGGCAGCAGAGAGAACAUCAGACGUUCUGCUACUAGCUGCUGAAUCGAUGCUCUACCACAGCUAUGAAGCUCUUCUUCUAACCCCGAGGUUCACUUUCCUCCCUUCCAUCGCUUGUUUGUUGGCCAGCAGCUGCCACCAUCUAUACACACAUGGGCUUUUUGCUCUGCCUUUCAUACUCAUUGGUUCCAAUGGGUGAUAAUGUUUAAGGAUUCAAAAUUAAAAGGAAAAAGAAGCAGCUUUCUUUGGAGGUAUUUUCAAACAGUACAUAACAAGGUUAAUUGGUGUGUUUUGGGCAUUGAGGUAAAUUGACAACUUGUUAAGACCAAUCUGCCCCCUGCUGGUAAAAAGAUGCAACAACAGAACAAUCCCAGAAUAUACAGCAUGCUUAAUCUCUUACUCAUUGACACUAAAUCUACAGAUAUUCUCCCCAGUUAUUCCCAGUAACCCGGUAUUGAGAAUAUUGCAUCAAAUCUUUUGGGCGGGCUAUUGUCCGUUUUAUUGGACUGACUUCAAAUGUGCACUGGAGAUGAAGUGUGUGUUGCGUGUGCAACAUUUACAGUUGCUUCUGUAACCUCUUAAAAAGACCUCCAAAUUGUACCUGACGUACCAUGAACGCCGUCCGGCAGGUCCCAGCUCGAGGUGAGGACGUUCACUCUCAGCCCGGCCUCCUCUGUUCUUAGCAUGACAUUUAAAUCCCCGCGGCUGGAGAACGUAGCGCGGCCAAAAGAGCUGGAAGACCAAACCCGGCGCUGAUCCAGCUCUGGCCUCCACGCGGUCCGUCCGUGGCUGAAGUGACCUUCCCACCGUGAGAAGACUUCUCUCACAUUCUAUCUUUUGGAUGCAAACUAUAAUUUCUCGUUGCCGUGGACCCUGGACAGCGAUGUUCUCUCAUCCUGAUGAGAGGCCUCCGGGCUCAAUGACUUCAUGCAAUUCUGUUAUAUCAGUAGAUUAUGGAUGGGGUGAAAUAGUCUAAGACCACUUCAUUUGCUUUGAUGUCAAGCAGCUUGCUUUGUAUCAAUCUGUCUAGCUCUGUUGUCACAGAUGGUCAUUUUUAUCUGCAGUUAAUGCCCCCCAGCUGUCAAUCAUUAGUCCAUAGCCACAGUUUGGAUGCAUAGAUUUGUUCAAAUUAAUUUAAGUCUGCUCUGCAUCACCCUUAUUGAGAGUGAAGGCUGUUUUUUUAAGCCUUAUCUGGAUAUAAUUGUAGUAUUGAGGAUGAACAGUAAGUAAGAAAGGGCUGUUUUGUUCUUUGUAGAAAUCAAUAAUCGAUACGGAUCAGUAGGUAAGCUGUGUCUAUCAAACAUAAUGAUGGAAAAACUCGGGAAGGUCAUGUGCUGUGUGUUUACGCGGUCCUUAAGAAUAAGAGCUUGAAGACCCCGGUUGAACAAAUGCUGCAUAAAUAUAUCUGUGGUUUCCAUAACAACACGACCUGGUCGAGGUAAACUACACGCUCAUCCACUGUCCAAACUCCGGGUCCCCGAGGCGAACAUGUGAUCGCCAGCCGGGCGAGGAAGAAAGGUACAUGUGAUGAAGCGUGGUGGGAAAGCGAAGGCGACGGGUCCUCUCCUUCCUUUCUGUCCCUCCUCUCCUCUCCUCUCCAGACGGGGUUGGGCCAAACAGCAGGUGGUGCACAAGAGAAGCCCGGACAAGAGAUUUCAAAAUCUCCUCCUCUCACUCUCACUCUGCACAAGCAUGGAGGCACAAAGAAUCCCAAAUUCUACAAACUCGGGUGUCACAGCAGCGGCGUCUCCGGCCGAGGCGCUCUGAAUAAAGAUGCCCAUGGACUUGGACGGACAAAUCCGAUGACUCAAAAGAAGAGAAAGAAGUCCAGCCUCUGAUCUCAGGACGGCCGUUUGUGAUGACGUGAGUCCUCGGGUUGCACAGAGCCUCCAGAGUCAUGGAGGUGCUUCUGUUUGGUGUUGGGGACCUUUUGGUAGAUGGACCUUGACGUCAACAUGAGGUCAAAGAAACUCUAACCGGUUUUGUUCCGCUCACCUGGCUUCUGUCAGCAUGCCAACGCAGCAUAGAUGACUCUCCCUUCAAAGAGACAUCCCUUGGAACUGACAUCGUCUAACCAUGUAGCGGCUGCAGGGGACUUACGUGUGUCCCGCCACUCAAGACGGUCCAAAAACAGUCAGCAUGGAAGUGCAAACCACCGCUCUGGUCUGGAUAUAUGUUAACGGUACGGACCAACUGACCACCUCGAAUGAUAACGACACGACGGAAUUGACCGAAGACUCAGAGAAAUACCGAUCUUAUGUUGUUGGUCUCUUCCUGUCCUGCCUCUACACCAUCCUGCUCUUUCCUAUUGGAUUCAUUGGUAACAUCUUAAUCCUGGUGGUCAACCUGAACCACAGAGAGAAGAUGACCAUCCCCGACCUAUAUUUCGUCAACCUGGCUCUAGCCGACCUCAUCCUGGUGGCAGACUCCCUCAUCGAGGUCUUCAAUCUGAACGAGAAAUAUUACGACUACGCUGUCCUCUGCACCUUCAUGUCCCUGUUCCUGCAGGUCAACAUGUACAGCAGCAUCUUCUUCCUCACCUGGAUGAGCUUUGACCGAUACGUCGCCUUGGCCAGCUCCAUAAGCAGCCGCCCGCUGAGGACCAUGCAGCACGCCAAGCUCAGCUGUGGCCUCAUCUGGAUGGCCUCCAUCCUGGCCACCCUGCUGCCCUUCACCAUCGUGCAGACCCAGCACCGGGGCGAGGUGCACUUCUGCUUCGCCAACGUCUUUGAGAUCCAGUGGCUGGAGGUCACCAUUGGCUUCUUGGUGCCCUUCUCCAUCAUUGGCCUGUGCUACUCUCUGAUCGGGCGAAUCCUCAUGAGGGCCCAGAAGCACCGCGGGUUGUGGCCACGGCGGCAGAAGGCCCUGCGCAUGAUCGUGGCCGUGGUUCUGGUGUUCUUCAUCUGCUGGCUGCCGGAGAACGUGUUCAUCAGCAUCCAGCUGCUCCAGGGCACGGCUGACCCGUCGCAGCGGACCGCUACCACCCUGUGGCACGACUACCCGCUCACGGGACACAUUGUCAACCUGGCGGCUUUCUCCAACAGCUGCCUCAACCCCAUUAUCUACAGCUUUCUAGGAGAGACCUUCAGGGACAAGCUGCGCCUCUUCAUCAAGCAGAAGGCCAGCUGGUCGGUGGUGAACCGCUUCUGCCACCACGGCCUGGAUUUACACCUCUCUGUCAGGGGCGAAGUGUCCGAGGUGUGACUGAGGGAAGAGGGAAUCGAUUGUCAAACUAAGGCCACAGAGCAUGUUAAAUCAAUCGUGACUUUAGCUUUUUUUUCACCUGUUAGCUCGUCUCACAGUUGGAAAGAUUCACUUCACUUUAUGAAGAAUAACACAAAAGUCACAGAGAAUUCAGACUUGUCGAAGGAUGAAAAAUGACAUAAGGUUCCUUUUAUGGAGCCGACAAUGCACAUUGCUUUCAGAUAUUCAUGUUUAUCUGCAUGUUGGAUUGUUUCCUUUAAGUCUAUUUGAUGUGUUAUUUCUUCAAAACGUUACUUCGCUGGCAAAGCAACAGUGAAUGAAAUGACAGUUUGUGGCAAAACGAGACGAGUUUCAGAGGAGACGAUUCUUUGUUUGAGAUGGAUAAUAGUGAAGUUUAAAGCCACAUAUAAUAUCACCUGGUUUAUGUGUGAAGGAAAACAUGCAUAUAUCGGGAGACUGCCCCACACCGACCAUCCCCAUCAACAUCACCGUGACAUCACCAUGACAUCACAUGACAUCACAUGACCAAAGGACCGCUCUCAUCUGUCUAUAGAAACCGAACAUGAAACAAAUGUGAAAACAGUUCGGGACGUACACCGUUUUUUUAUAACGAGAGUUCGGAAAAUGACAUAAGUUAAUAAAUAUGUGCUAAUUCCUGGAGGAAAAGUCCAACAACAUUGGAUAAAGCCAGGUGCAAAAUUCUAGAAAACACAAACAUUUUUGUUUGCCAUGUGUUUGUAUGUAAAAUGUUCCAUAAAUCAGGCAGUGAAGGAUAUAUGAACAAAAUGACUGACACAGGAGUGGAACUGGAAGGUUCGGUGUAUGUAAGUGUUACCAAAGAUUUCUGAGAAGAAUCUCAUUUAGGGAAAACAGCUUUUAAAGAUAUGCGUUGCUAAAUUACAUACGUUCUGAUAUAUGAUAUGACAUAUGAUUCAUAUUUAAAUAUGCAAAUGAGGCAUUAUCCGAUACUAAUGUUUGUGGAAUUUAGGAGACACCAAUAACAUAAACACUUAAAUGUGAAUUUUCAAUUAUUUCUUUCCUCUAGUCUGAAAGGAGACCACAACCACAACCUCUCCACGGAAAAUUGAUUUGUGCAUCAACAAGUUCUUUUCCUUCUGUUGAAUAAAAGUGGCCUUAUGUACAGCAUAACAUUCGUCGGACCGUGCAAACCAAUGUGUUCUUUUUGUAGAAAUAAAUAAAAUGUCUGACUUCUCCAGGAGUAUAAAGUG